AUGGCUACUAAACAAGUGGACACAGGGUUCCUCCCCUUCAAAUUUGACAGAGGAAAGAAUGGAUGUUCCAAUGUAAACAUCAGUUGCGCAGAGACAGAUAAGGAAGCUCUUCUCAAAUUAAAACAUGGUUUCGUUGAUGAGUUCGGCAUGUUAUCCACCUGGAAAAGUGAAGCUGAUUGCUGUGAGUGGAGUGGAGUAUCAUGCAGUAAUUUGACUGGUCACGUUAUCGAGCUCGAUCUUGCUCGAUUGAGAGGUAAUAUUGAUUCCUCAUUAUGUGAUUUGCGGCAUCUAACUUACUUGGAUCUCGAUGAAAACGAUUUCGAAGGGAGCAAUAUUCCAGAAUGCAUUGGCUUACUUGGUCAACUAAGAGGGUUGAGUAUUUCGUAUGCUUCAAUUGGUGGCACUAUUCCUCGUGGACUGCAGAAUCUAUCCAGUUUGGAAUAUCUCCACCUUGGCUAUAAUGAUUUGAUUGUGAAAGAUCUUGAGUGGAUUUCUCACCUUUCUUCUUUGAGAUCUCUUUCCCUCUCAGGCGUUAAUCUGAGUCAAGCUGUUGAUUGGCAAUCAUCAUUAUCCAAAGCUCCUCAUCUGUCUGAGAUUUACUUGGACAGUUGUGCUCUUAUAUUUCAUCAUGUCAAUCCUGCCUCUUUUGUCCAUACAAACUCUUCCGCAUCCCUCAAAGUCCUUUCUCUUUCAGGAAAUAAUUUAGACUCUUCAAUUCUACCGUGGUUGUCUAACGUUAGCAACGUCUUAACAGAGCUUGAUCUCUCUUAUAACGCUUUGGAACAUAUUUUUCCAAAUGCUCUGAAUAUAAAUUCCCUUCAAGUUCUAGAUCUUGGUUCAAAUCCUUUGCAACUUGGUCCCAAAGCUUUUUCAAAUAUGAUUUCUCUUCAAUCUUUAUAUCUUUCUCAAAGUUCUUUGCGACGUAUUCCGUCCGAUGCCUUCACAAAUACCACGUCUCUUGAAUUUCUAGAUCUUCAAGGGAAUAAACUUGAGGAUAGCAUGCAUCGUGUAAUUUUGGUCCCCACUUUCCCUGCUGGUUAA